CGGAAGGGUCACAAAAUUCCACUGCACAUGUAUGUUCAGUGAUGUGACAUAAUAAUAUCCACAUGCUAACACUUGCUGAUGAAACAGGCAUUGCUGCACCCUUGGUGCUUAUGCCCACAAAUCGCUGCUUGCAGCUAUAUUUAUGGUUGCUGUUACUGUUUGUUUAAAGGUUACUCCAGGUCAGGUUUCUAGGCAGAGCUGAUCAUAUUAAUUUCGUCCUGCUGGGAAUACUUCAGCUCUGUGAAGUGCAACAAAAACAACAGCAGGCUGUGCUCCACUGCUCUCUGGAGCUCUGUUUAAUGUUCAGACAUCACAUCUGCUUGCACAACAGCUUUGUGCGUGAUUUUUUUUUCAUUCUCGUCUUAGACUCGAGGCAGGAAAUCUAUGUCACUAGAACUGGAAACAUCCUAUCCGACAAACAGGAUGACUUGCAGAUAAAGGCACACAGAAGAACCGAAAGCGUUUAGUAGAGCGAGAGAAAAACACACGCACAGAGAGGAAGAGAUAGAAAAAGAGAGAGACUGCACUGCUAAAAGGACGGGAGAUUAAAAACCCAGACGUGCUUUAAAGAUGGCCAGCGCUCCUAUACCCCUCACUAAUGUGGGAAGUGGCUACACCAUCGUCACUCAAGUUCUUCCCUCAUCAACAGCCUCAAAUACAGCGGAUCAAAAUUCCCCUCAGAUGCUCGGCCCACUGCGGAAAUUCCUGAAAGGAGAACCCAAAGCGCUGGGAACUGUCCAAAUAAUGAUUGGUUUGCUGACGAUAUUGUUGGGUAUCGUGAUGGCGGUCUACCCUCAGAAUAUCAGCGUGUACUCUGGAGUCAUAUUCUGGGGCUCGCUGCUUCACAUCACUGCUGGCGCUCUGGCUGUUUCAGCAAGCAACAAGCUUAAUGCCUGUGUGGUGAAGGGCGCUAUGGUGGUAAAUAUUUUUAGCACGAUAGCUGCAGGAAUUGCCAUCAUCAUGCUUUCCCUGGAUUUGGUGAUUGGGCCACAUAGAUUCUGCCUCUUCUAUGGGUGCGGUAAUGACGUUAUCGCAGUGAGCCGUACCAGUGGAAUCAUUGGCGUUCUGCUGGUUUUCUCUCUGCUCCAGUUUGCCAUCUCUAUCGCAAUAUCAGCCUUCACCUGCAAAGCCACCUGCACCAAUGAACCUACGCUGAACAUCAUCAAUGUGGUUCCAAACCCUGAGGGAUGUGUUCCUGUGGUCAAUUCCUUCCCAGCUCAUCACGCUCAACUGGGGGACAAUACAAUGAAUGCUUUCACCAUGAGCAGUGCCCCUCCAGCGUACAGAGAGAAAAGCCAACCGGACAACAGAGGAUAAUUCUAAAUAAGAAAUUAUUCUUGUUAACUGUUAAAUAACACUGUUACUUAACACAAGAUGGAAAACAAUCACACUUGAGUGCUUACUACACAUCACACUGCUUACUUUAACAUCUACACACAUUCAACAUUUAAAUAAAUUAUUUUUGUUUCUCAAAGGAAUAUGUGUACAUUGAACACCCCCCCCCCACACACACACACACAUUAUCUAUCUGUCUGUCUAUCUAUCUAUCUAUCAAUCUAUCUACAGUAUCUCCCAAAAGUGAGUACACCCCUCACAUUUUUGUAAAUAUUUGAUUAUAUCUUUUAAUGUGACAACACUGAAGAAAUGACACUUUGCUACAAUGUAAAGUAGUGAGUGUACAGCUUGUGUAACAGUGUAAAUUUGCUGUCCCCUCAAAAUAACUCAACACACAGCCAUUAAUGUCUAAACCGCUGGCAACAAAAGUGAGUACACCCCUAAGUGAAAAUGUCCAAAUUGGGCCCAAUUAGCCAUUUUCCCUCCCCGGUGUCAUGUGACUUGUUAGUGUUACAAGGUCUCAGGUGUGAAUGGGGAGCAGGUGUGUUAAAUUUGGUGUCAUCGCUCUCACACUCCCUCAUACUGGUCACUGGAAGUUCAACAUGGCACCUCAUGGCAAAGAACUCUCUGAGGAUCUGAAAAAAAGAAUUGUUGCUCUACAUGAAUAUGGCCUAGGCUAUAAGAAGAUUGCCAAGACCCUGACACUGAGCUACAGCACGGUGGUCAAGACCAUACAGCGGUUUAACAGGACAGGUUCCACUCAGAACAGGCCUCGCCGUGGUCGACCAAAGAAGUUGAGUGCUCAGCAUCAUGUCCAGAGGUUGUCUUUGGGAAAUAGACGUAUGAGUGCUGCCAGCAUUGCUGCAGAGGUUGAAGGGGUGGGGGUCAGCCUGUCAGUGCUUAGACCAUAUGCCGCACACUGCAUCAAAUUGGUCUGCAUGGCUGUCGUCCCAGAAGAAAGCCUCUUCUAAAGAUGUUGCACAAGAAAGCCCACAAACAGUUUAGUGAAGACAAGCAGACUAAAGACAUGGAUUACUGGAACCAUGUCCUGUGGUCUGAUGAGACCAAGAUAAACUUAUUUGGUUCAGAAGGUGUCAAGUGUGUUUGGCGGCAACCAGGUGAGGAGUACAAAGACAAGUGUGUCUUGCCUACAGUCAAGCAUGGUGGUGGGAGUGUCAUGGUCUGGGGCUGCAUGAGUGCUGCCGGCACUGGGGAGCUACAGUUCAUUGAGGGAACCACGAUUGCAAACGUGUACUGUGACGUACUGAAGCAGAGCAUGAUCAGUAUGCAGAAUUCCAGCAUGAUAACGACCCCCAAACACACCUCCAAGACGACCACUGCCUUGCUAAAGAAGCUGAGGGUGAAGGUGAUGGACUGGCCAAGCAUGUCUCCAGACCUAAACCCUAUUGAGCAUCUGUGGGGCAUCCUCAAACGGAAGGUGGAGGAGUACAAGGUCUCUAACAUCCACCUGCUCCAUGAUGUUGUCAUGGAGGAGUGGAAGAGGACUCCAGUGGCAACCUGUGAAGAUCUGGUGAACUCCAUGCCCAAGAGGGUUAAGGCAGUGCUGGAAAAUAAUGGUGGCCACAUAAAAUAUUGACACUUUGGGUCCAAUUUGGACAUUUUCAUUAGGGGUGUACUCACUUUUGUUGCCAGCGGUUUAGGCAUUAAUGGCUGUGUGUUGAGUUAUUUUGAGGGGACAGCAAAUUUACACUGUUAUACAAGCUUUACACUCACUACUUUACAUUGUAGCAAAGUGUCAUUUCUUCAGUGUUGUCACAUGAAAAGAUAUAAUCAAAUAUUUACAAAAAUGUGAGGGGUGUACUCACUUUUGGGAGAUACUGUAUAUAACACAGUAUAUCAUAUGUCUAUGAUGGUAUAUAACACUCAUAGCUCUUCUGUAAAGAAAAUACUGAUACGAUAAAAUGCUUCCAAAAAUAAAGAGAUUUAAAUAAUCUUUUGUUUCCGC